AUGGACUUCCUUCGUGCUCAUGGCCUACCGAUUCCUAAGAUUCUUGGAUAUUCCGCUUCAGCUGACAACUCGGCAGGCACCGAGUACAUUUUCCUGGAAUUUAUUCGGGGCAUGAACCUAGGCGACGUCUGGUUUGACCUGUCAGAGGCCGAUAUGGCUGUCGUCGUUCGGCAGCUUGUCGAGCUCGAGUCAAAGCUUUUUUCUAUCACCUUGCCUGCUGGUGGAAGCCUAUAUUAUACGAGUGACCUUGAUUAUACAAACGUCCCCUUGUGGUAUGGCAGGCGGUCCAAGUUGACUGUGGAUCGAGGACCUUACCUCACCCCUGAAAUGGCGCUCGUUGUCGGUGCGAAGGAGAUUGCCUUCCUACAGCAAUUUGGACAGCCAUUGCAGCCGUUUCAGCGGACCCGCCACCCCGACUUACAGCCCAACAACAUCAUCAUCUCCAAAUCGCGCGAGAUCAAGAUAUCCAGCAUAAUCGACUGGCAGCACACGUCGAUCCUGCCCUUGUUCCUCCUCGUCGGCAUCCCCCAGAAGCUGCAGAACUAUGACGACCCGGUCUCGCGAUCCAUGGCGCCGCCCACACUGCCCAACGACUUCGCCGAGCUGGACGAAACGCAGCAGGCAAAGGAGAUGGAGCUAUUCCGUCGCCGACGACUCCACCACCACUACGUCUCGGAGACGGAGCGGCAGAACAAGCCGCACUACGCGGCGCUGACCGACCCCGUCGGCAUGCUCCGCCGCCGCCUCUUCCGCCGCGCCGGCGAUCCCUGGGAGGGCGAGACGUUGCCGCUCAAGGCCGACCUGAUCCGGGCGGCGGGACACUGGGCCGCCGUCGCGGGCCACCGCCGUGGACCGGUUCCGGUUUCGCAGCCGCCUCCGUGUCCGAUCGCCUUUGGGCCGGAGGACGUCUGCGUGACGAUGCGGCUGCAGGAGGAGCAGGACGAGGCGGACGGGCAGAUGGAGGUGUGUCGGGACCUCAUUGGGUGUGGUCCCGAGGGCUGGGUACCAGUGGAGCAGUACGAGGAGGCGAUGGCGAGGUGUCGGGCGUUGAAGGCGGACUCGUUGGUUAAAACGAGCUCCGAGGAUGAGAGGGCUGAGGUGCUGGCACAUUGGCCGUUUGACAAUAUGGAUGAGCAGGAUUAUAUGUAG